UUUUCUCCAGAAAAGGGAGUCUGGUGGGGGUUGGGGUGGGUGGUGACAGUACAGGUACCUAGGCCCCUGCAGAGCAGAGCAGAGCGGUUGGCUCUUGCGUAGAGGAGGCAGGCAGGACGUCCUGUGGGAAAGGGGGGAAGAAGGGCUGGCUCGUGUGUUGAGCUCCUGAUGGUGGCUAUUUUUGUCUCCCCUAGCUGAGUGAUUGGGACAGCGGGUGGAAGAGAAGAUGCUUAUGGCCCGAGACACGGCGCGGGACGAGGCUCAAAAGCUACACAGGAAGUGGCUGAAGCAUCAGGCCUUUAUGGCGGAACUGGCCCGCAAUAAAGAAUGGCUGGCCAAGAUAGAACAGGAAGGUCAGGAGCUGAUCCAGGAGAAGCCGGAGCUGCGUUCAGUUGUUCAGCAGAAGCUGGAGGAGAUCCGAGAGUGCUGGUCUGACCUGGAGAGCACAACCAAGGCCAAGGCCCGCCAGCUCUUUGAAAACAACAAGCCUGAACCAGCAGUGAAGAGCUACUCUGACCUCGACAACCAGCUCUCCCACCUGGAACAGCAGCCCCCUCAGCUGGAACAGGCACACCAUCUGCCCACCUUCAAUGAGCAGCUCCAGAAAUUCCAGGCGAUGGAGUCUCAGAUAGGGGACUUUUACAAGGAUGUGGGAGACCUGGGAAGCUUGCAGGGGGUCUGCCUACCCCAGCGAGGGCUGAUGGGUGAUGACAGGGAAGGCAGCGAGCAGUCAGGCGGUGUAGAGACCCGCAUUGUCCGCCUCAUUGAGCCCCUGAAGGAGAGACGCCGCAUCCUGUUAGCUUCCAAAGAGAUGCAUCAAGUCGCCCAGGACCUGGAGGAUGAGAUACUGUGGAUUCAGGAGAGGCUUCCCUUGGCCUCCUGUAAGGAUUACGGGAAUAACCUCCAGAGUGUACAGCAGCACGUAAAAAAGAACCAGACACUCCAGAGGGAGCUGACAGGGCGACGGGCUCGUGUUGAGGAAGUUCUGGACCGGGCAGGGAUCAUUGCUUCGCUGAGGACUCCUGAGGUGGAGUUUGUACGUGAAGGGGCAGGGCAUGUGCGCCAGCUGUGGGAAGUUUUGCAGCUGGAGACAGAGAGGAGGUGUGUGAUGCUGGAUGCCACGCUGCAGGCUCAGCAGUACUACAGUGAGGCAGCUAAAGUGGAGUCCUGGCUGUCAGGUCAGAAACUCCAUCUGGUCAAUGAAGAAAAAGGCACAGACGAGGUGAGCACCCUGCAGCUGCUGAAGGCCCACCUGGCUCUGGAGCAAACAGUGGAAACAUAUGCAGAGACAGUAGGCAUGUUAUCCCAACAAUGCCAGCGUCUACUGGAACUUGGACACCCAGAAAGUGAGCAGAUCACCAAGCAGCAGUCCCACAUAGACCGGCUGUAUGUGUCUCUGAAGGACAUGGUGGAGCACAGGAAGACCAAGCUGGAGCAGCAGUACUGGCUCUAUCAGCUCAACAAGGAGGUGGAGGAGUUAGAGAAAUGGAUCACUGAGCGUGAGACAGUGGCCAGUUCCACUGAGCUGGGCCAAGACCUCGAGGAUGUCACGGUACUUCAGGAGAGAUUCACCAAGUUUGCCUCAGAAACCAACAGCAUUGGCCAACAGCGCAUGGAGCAGGUGAAUAAAAUGGUGAAUGAGAUGAUUGACUGCGGCCACUCAGACGCAGCCACGAUCGCAGAGUGGAAGGAUGGACUGAACGAGUCGUGGGCCGACCUCCUGGAGUUGAUGGAGACCCGCAGACAGAUGCUGGCAGCUUCGCACCAGCUGCACAAGUUCUUCACUGACUGCAAAGAGGUCUUGGCUCAGAUUGCAGGGAAGAUGAAGCAGCUGCCAGAGGUGAGGGCAUGCCAAGCCAACAUCACCAAUCCAGCCACCCUGCAGAGACUUAUGCAUUCUUUUGAACAUGCCCUUCAGCUGCUAGUUGCACAGGUGAGGCAGCUGCAGGAGAAUGCUGCCCAGCUGAGGACCAUCUAUGCUGGUGAGAAGGCUGAGGCCAUCAUGGUCAAAGAGCAGGAAGUGAUGGAGGCCUGGAGGGGGCUGCUGAGCGCUUGUGAGGCCAGUCGUGUCCAGGUCACCUCAGUAACGGACAAGGUGCAGUUCUUCUCGGUGGUGCGUGAAAACCUAAUGUGGAUGGAAGGCAUCAUGGGCCAAAUAGGAUGGGAUGAACCCAGGUAA